UUCAGGUGGCGCCACCUGGUGGUGAGUGCAGAACUGCUCCUAGCUGGGUGGCAGCCGUGGGACCUGGUGGCUCUGAGCACCAUUCCCUGUCCCUCACCCUCCAGCCCAUCCACCUCUUCUCUCAUUCCCCUGUUUGGACCACCUUCUGCUAGAAAAGACCUAAGGACCCCAACUCUGCUGUGGGACAGAGACCCCUGAAGCCCAAGUUCCCAUGCCUCCCUCAGGCCUGGCUCUGACCUGACAGGUAGGGUCUCUCGUUGGUCUGCCAGAGCUCACCCUCAGGAUAUCCUUCAGGGCUGAUGACCUCUCAGUGGUGUCCAUAAACCAAGGCUGGAAGAAUGGGCCUCCUUCCUGGCCUGAGAUGGCCCAGGAAUGGGAAACUCAAUGGCUCCCCACGGUACCUGCUUGGGUACCCACAGAUCCCCCUCCCCACUGGGAGGCCUCUGGGACCCCCAAAGGGACUGGUCUGGCUCCUAGGUUCCCUCUGAACUAGCCAAGAGGCCUGGACCAGCCCAGAGUUCUAUGUAUGAAGUUUGGGGAAAACUAGUAAGAAUUAGAAGACUGAGUUGUGCUCAAACCAGCCUCACCCAGCUUUGCACCAACAUGCUGUGUGAGCUUGGGUGAGACCUGUCCCUCCCUGGGCCUUGGUCUCCUUGUGGUAGAAUAGCGGUGGGGCAGGGAAUGAGCUGGGUGAUGGGUGAGGACCCCUGUAGUUCCCAGAUUGGGGCCUUGGUAAGGUGCAGCAGAUUUCUGGGCCUGCUUCCGUCAGAACUCUGGGGCCAGGACCCUGGAAUCUGCAUGAAGUUGGAAGCUGAGGCAGCCACGUCCUGUCUACGGGAGAUGGAAGCCAGCAGUGUGUGUUGCCGGCAGGUAAGGAGAGUGGGGUGGUUUCAGGGGUCCUGAGACGCAAAGGAACCCCCUUGAAGCCCAAUGCCCAUCUUUGAAUUUCUCCACCUUUCUGUGGAUGCAGGGAGGCACCCCACAAGCUACACGUCUGUCGGACUCCACCGGCCGCGACAGCAGAGGGGCAGCAAGAGGCCGUGCAGAUUCCACCUAGGUUGCCUCCAUCCUUCACCCCCUCAUGCUGGGUGUUUCAUGCAUUCAAAGGACGGUGGUGGCAGGGCAGGGACAGCCUGGGGUGGGACUGGGGGCCCUCGUUCCUUGAGGAGGUAUUUUCAGAGUCCCCCUCCCUCUGGAGUUUCCAGCGAUAGAAUAGAGCCCUGUCUAGUAUUUGACCAAAUAUGGUGGUAUCUCUCAUGAGCUCUAGCCUCAGCCAGCUUCUCAGUCAUGCUGUGGAAACCUGCCCCGGACGGAUUAAUCUUGUGACAUUCAGGAGCGCCUUGCACCCUGCGCUCUUCCCCUUGGCGAUUCCUGUAAAUGGCCAAGAGUGGCCCUGAGUAGGACGGUGCAGUCCUGGAUGCCUGUUCACCGUGUCCCUCCCCUGUCCUCUUCACAUCCUCUUCCACUCCCCCCCCCCCCCCAUCUCCCUGGGGGACUUGCGCGCGCUCACAUUCAGCUGGGCUGUUCACUCGAGGGGAGAGACCCAGACCAGCAGGGCCGGUCUGUUCAGCCUGUGAUUCCAGGACGUGUAGACUGUGGGGUUACCUGAGCUCACGAAAUUGUGGGCAGAGCCUGUGAAGCCCAGAAGUCUCUCAGCCAGGAGGGUGAGAGGGCCCGAGGGGAUAGAAAGGAGAGUUGGCCGAGCAAUGAGAACCAUGCUUGCUCUAAUGCUAAAUAGAACAGCUAUGGUUCCCAAGAACAAGUAUACAAUUAUUUUAUAAUAAUGUUCCUCAUAAACGACUGUGUUUAUUGAGCACAUACUACUUGCCAGGCAUCGUGCCAGCCAUUUAACUAUUUCCCUUACUCCUUGUAACAGCCCCAAGAGGUGAAUACUAUGACAUCUCCAUUCUAGAGAUGGGGGAACUGAGACUUAGAAAGAUUGCUGGGAGAAAUGGGCCAGGCCACUGUCGGUUCCUGGGCACGACUCCCAUUUUACAGAGAAGGAAACUGAGGCUGCGAGAGAAUGGGAGUCACAAGCGGCCACACAGGGGCAGGCCCUUGGAGUGGAGACCUUCUCCACAGGAGGGGAGCAUUGCACCCGGGAGGCCGGGACAACCAGCCAUGAAGUCCUCACGGACCAGUGACUUGGCCUGUGUGAGAGCACACAGUUUCAGAAACAUGUUCAUAGCAGGCCAGAAUUGUGCAGAAAAUAUGCCAAGAAAAACAGCAUGGGGUGGUGGGUAAAGCCCCGCACGGCCACCAGAUAUGAACCCCAGCUCUGUCAUCUCUCACUCGCCAUAUAGUCCUAGACAAGUCCCUUCUUCGCUCUGGCCUCUGUUUCCCCUCCUGUGAACUACCCGUGUACUGAGGGCCACUGAGCUCACCUGAGGCUGGCUGAGGCCAGAGUGCCUGAGGCUGUUUCCCUGGGAGAUGGGGCCUGCGUCCCGCUUCUGGCCAGCGCUCUCCGAGAACAUUUGCUCUCCUGACCAACGGACAGCCUGUCCCUCCUCCACCCUCGCCCCCUUGCCAUCCCCUAAACUAACGAAGCCGAUUGUCUUAGGCGGCCCUGUGGGUGCUGGCUGGGCGGCCGGCCGCAGGCCACAGGCGGUGGUGCCACCCGCCAGAGCCCCACCAGACACACAGGGCAUUGUCCCUCAGUCAACAGCCCCUGGGCACCUCGGCCCGGCUCCUGGCCUGCCCCCACGCCCCUCACCGCCUGCCACUGCGCCGGGCCCAGCCAGCUGGGGGCCCAAGGCUCCCAGGCGAUGACGAGCCCACCCACCCACUCCCCCGGCAUCCCCCUGAUGAGCUAUAAUUGCUUCGCUCCGUCCUGCUGCUGCCAUUCUCUUGGCGGAGGCAUCUGGGUUCCAGGCAAGCGGCAGCUGCAGGCCGAUCGCCUGGCUCGCAGGAUGGACUGGCCGCACAACCUGGUACGUGGCGAUUCCCCCACCCCACCCCCACUCCUUUUUAGGGCCUGAGUGUUUCGUUACUUCUUCUCUAUUGAUUAAUGGCAGCCUCUGUUUGCACUGGAAUCUGCAGAGGCGAGUUCUCCCUCUGUCCUCUCCCCCAGGACAAGAAAGAAACAGAGACUGGUCUCAGAGCCUGCAGCCAUGGCCCGCAGCUCCAGCUCCUGAGCUGGGCUCAGCCCCACUACACUGAAGUCCUUUCAGACCAAAGGCAUCUGGGGAGAUCUUGGCAAUCUCUGUUAUCGGGGUUUUUCCAAAAAAUCUUUGGAUCCUGAGAUGCAGGCUGUGUGACCUUGGGCGAGUCUUUCUAUUUCUCUGUUUCCCAUCUAUAAAGGGAUGGAGGGAGACGGGUUCUAUUCUGGAUUUUUCUGAGUGGAGAGCCAGAGUUUAAGAACGCCAUGUGAGAAACUCAGAUGAGAAAGCUUAUUGUAGGGAGACAUUUUUCUGCACCAAAAUCUCGGACCGAAAAGGAAGAAUUCAGCGACUUGGAUCUGUCAUGGCUUUCGUGCCAAGAAAUGGUUCUGCCAAGAAGGGCUCUGCUGACACUUGUUUCCAAGGGUCAAGAUUGGCUGGGUAGAUCAGUACGGGCUGUGCCGGUGGUAGGGUGAGGGGUACAGGGCAGGUAGGAGCCUGACUAGAUUCAACAAGGAGAUGAAAUUCCCCCUAGAAGGUCCUCCCUUCUGACCAGCCCUGGCCCCCCCCGAGUCCUGGCCCUUCUCUCCCGGCUUCCUGAGGAGUCUGCAUGCUGCUGGGCUCCCAGGAACUCACCCAUGUGAGUGAAAAGCUUUCCUGGUGCUCCCAGGUGUCGGGGAGAGGUGGACAGCAGCGGGUGAGGGUGGACAAGGGGUCAGGCAGGCAGCGGGGUGUGGAGGAAGGUGUCAUGAGGUCCAACAGGGAUCCCUGGCCGUGACCUGUCCCCCUCCCCAGCUUCAUCUCCCACCCCCUCCUCCUACCCACUCUCCUUCAGCCUCACUGUUUCCUUUCAGCAAAUCUCUUAACCAACCGAAACGUCCCUUCACACUGUUCUUUUCCCCACCCCUGUACAAAUGUUUAGGCUCCCUUUGCCCACAUCUGCCUCUGUCUUAUCCUUCAAACCUCACCAGACAUGCCCCCCUCCCCAGAAAAGCUAUGCAAGACCACCCCACUGCCACCAGGCUAGGCGGGUGGCCCUGCGCUUCUCUAACCACAUGCUGUGUGGUCCCAUCCUCACACGGCUGCUAGCGAGGCUUAGAUGCUUGUUUUCUUGUUCACCAUCUGUUUUCCUUGCCGGACUGUAAGCUACAGAUGGGCAGGGAUGGUGACAGGCAUUCAUUCACUCAGCACAUGUUUACUGAAUACCUAAGUGCCCAGUACCACGCAGACACGGGGCACAAGGCAGUGUGCGGAAACAGGUAUAAUGCUGGCCCUCACGGGGCCUUUGUUUAGUGGGGCCCGACAUAUAAAAGAAUCACAUGUAUACACCAUAAGACUACAGUCACACAAGUGGCAUGGGGUGUUGAGAGCCCAAGAAGGUCCACGGAGGCCUCCCUAAGGAAGUGACCCUGGAGCCAAGACAUGAGGGGUGAGAGGCAGGACUCUACAGGGAGCAGCCUGUGCAAAGUCCUUGUGCAGGAAGGAGCAUGGGGAGAGGAAGGUUUGUGAGAAGGCCCGAGGCUGAAGCAUUGGUGUGAGAGGAAGCCAGGAGUGAUUUGAGGAGGGAGAACUCAGCAGAGGUCUGGCCUGGGGAGGUGACGUUAGUGGGUUUGCAUUUCAAACACCCAUUCUUGGCCAGGGUGUGGAGAAUUGAUUGCGAGGAGGCAGGGGAGAAUGUGGGGUACCAGGUAGGAGGCUACUGAGCUGCCCAGGAAAGUGAGCUGGUGGUACAGAUAGAGAAGUGGAUGGGUGGGAAGAUUUUUAAGAUGUACAACAGGAUUUACUGAUGCGUGUUGUGCACACAUGCGUCAGUACAUGUGUGGUGGGCUGGUGGGACCAGGCCAGGGCAUGACAGGUGAGGGUGGCCCUGCCACAGGCCUUUCCUCUUCCCUCCCCCUUCCUUGGGCCCCAGAUCUUAGCCCAGAGGGAGACCUGUCUCUCCCACCUUUGACUUGUGGCCUUCCUCCCCAGAUGUUCCUUCUCACCGUCUCCAUCUUCGUGGGGCUGGGCCAGCCCAGGAACCCCAAAGGCAAGAGGAAGGGGCAAGGGCGGCCUGGGACCCUAGCCCCUGGGCCUCACCAGAUGCCCCUGGACCUGGUGUCCCGGGUAAAGCCAUAUGCCCGCAUGGAGGAAUAUGAGAAGAACCUGGGGGAGAUGGUGGCCCAGCUGAGGAACAGCUCCGAGCCGGCCAGGAGGAAGUGUGAGGUCAACCUGCAGCUGUGGCUGUCCAACAAGAGGAGCCUGUCGCCCUGGGGCUACAGCAUCAACCACGACCCCAGCCGCGUUCCUGCGGACCUGCCGGAGGCGCAGUGCCUCUGUCUGGGCUGUGUGAACCCCUUCACUAUGCAGGAGGACCGCAGCAUGGUGAGCGUGCCCGUGUUCAGCCAGGUGCCCGUGCGUCGUCGCCUCUGUCCGCUGCCGCCACGCACUGGGCCCUGCCGCCAGCGCGCGGUCAUGGAGACCAUCGCCGUGGGCUGCACCUGCAUCUUCUGAGACAGCCCUCCCUGCACCCCCAUGCCGAGCAAGGCAAUGAAAAGUAAAGGCUGUCUCUUGUAAAGCAAGACUUUGGGUUUGCUCCUUGUGGCUUUGAAGCCAAAACCUGGUGGCAGGUAGAUUUCG